ACAUCCCGGCCGGGCGCAGCGGAGGCAGGCAGAGGAAAGAUGGCAGCCGCGGCAGUGGCUGAGUUUCAGAGAGCACAGUCUCUUCUUGGAACAGACCGGAAUGCCUCUAUCGAUAUUUUACAUUCUAUAGUGAAGCGGGACAUCCAGGAGAGUGAUGAGGAGGCUGUUCGUGUUAAAGAGCAAAGCAUCCUGGAGCUGGGUGGGUUGCUGGCAAAGACUGGGCAAGCUGCAGAGCUCGGGGGUCUGCUGAAGUAUGUACGGCCCUUCCUCAAUUCCAUCUCAAAGGCAAAGGCAGCCCGGUUGGUCCGCUCCUUGCUGGACCUUUUCCUGGACAUGGAGGCUGCCACAGGCCAGGAGGUCGAGCUCUGCCUGGAGUGCAUAGAGUGGGCCAAGGCUGAGAAGAGGACCUUCCUCAGACAGGCACUAGAGGCUCGUCUCAUCUCCCUGUAUUUCGACACAAAGUGCUACCAGGAGGCACUACAACUCGGCUCCCAGUUGCUGCAGGAGCUGAAAAAGAUGGACGACAAAGCCCUGCUUGUGGAGGUUCAGCUGCUGGAAAGUAAAACAUACCAUGCACUCAGUAACUUGCCCAAAGCCCGUGCCGCCCUUACGUCUGCCAGAACAACCGCCAAUGCCAUCUACUGCCCGCCCAAACUGCAAGCAGCUUUAGACAUGCAGUCAGGGAUCAUUCACGCAGCAGAGGAGAAAGAUUGGAAGACGGCUUAUUCUUACUUCUAUGAGGCGUUUGAGGGCUACGACUCCAUUGACAGCCCCAGAGCCAUCACAGCCCUCAAAUACAUGCUGCUCUGCAAAAUCAUGCUCAACGCCCCAGAGGAUGUGCAGGCCCUCAUCAGUGGCAAACUCGCUCUACGAUAUGCUGGACGACAGACAGAUUCACUGAAAUGUGUGGCACUUGCCAGCAAGAACCGGUCGCUUGCAGACUUUGAGCAGGCACUUACAGAGUACAAAGCAGAGCUGAGGGAUGACCCCAUCAUCAGCAAUCAUCUGACCAAGCUGUAUGAUAACCUGCUGGAGCAGAACCUCAUCAGAGUCAUUGAACCUUUCUCCAGAGUCCAGAUAGCACACAUUUCCUCCCUCAUCAAACUCUCAAAGGGAGAUGUGGAAAGAAAAUUAUCACAGAUGAUCCUGGACAAGAAGUUUCACGGUAUUUUGGACCAAGGGGAGGGUGUGCUGAUUGUGUUCGAGGAGCCGGUGGUGGACAAAACAUACGAGGUUGCCCUGGAGACCAUUCAGAACAUGAGCAAAGUGGUCGACUCGCUCUACAACAAAGCCAAGAAACUCACAUAAGAGAGAAUGAAACCAUGGGUCCUUAAGUCUGGAGUUACGUCGGCCAGUCAGAUCUCCGUUGAUCAAUCAGUUCAACCCGGGAGGGACGAGGGGAGGAGGAUGAGGAGAUUACGAACACUAAACGACCCAGCAAGCAAACAAACAAACAAACAAACCAGCUGAUUACUGAAGACAACCCCACAGAACAACACGCUGACUGGGUGGAUAUACUGUCCCCUCCUUGUCCUCUCUCACACUUCUUCUCCCUCUCCUUCCUGUCUCCUCCUUCCAAUCUGACUGGGGGUUGAUCUGACACAACGUGGACAAAUCCAGGCACUGUGCCCCUCAUCUCUCCUCCCACCACUGGUUUCUACUGUAUGUAAAAUUGGACAAGCCUCCCCCCACUUUCCCCCCCUCUGUUUCUCUCUGCGCUGGCCAUCAGGGAAUCUUGUAAAAUACCAAUAAAGAAUACAUAUACAGUACUUAUACAUACAUGUAUUAUAUAUAUAAAAAGAACCUGCUCUGUCUGUUCUCAGAGUGUAACCAGGUGUAAGCAUGGGGUGGUUGGUCUGUAUGUCUCACUGGACUCUACUUGUUCUGUUCCAUUUGCCAACCAGCCCUGGAACUGAAUGUUUGAAUUUCUUAAUUUUUCUGCGGUUUUGAAGAAUCACCCAACAAGUCAUCUGAAUAGUUUUGAAAACAGAGAUUGUGAGAACAGCCCCUGCCUUUGCUUCACUAUGACCUUUGCCCCACCCACCCCCCCUCCCUCAUCAGUUUCCCCCUGAGUGGUCUUACUCACUCACAAGGCAUUCUGGAAUAUGUGGACCAGACAGGGAAUUCUGUCCGCUUGGGACCACAUCACAAGAGAGGAGGACGAUCAUCACCACUACUUGGGGUCUCCUAUACUCCUGCUCCUCCUCCCUGCACUCCUACUUCCUGUUUGUAUAUAACAAAGCCAAGCGCCUCUGUUCAUCCCAGGCCCGAUGUAUUCACACUGUCUCCUUUUUUUAUAAUGGGUUAAGAACAGGAGGAACCUCCCCGCUGAGAGCUUGGUCAGUCACACUAAGUGCUUUUGAUGCUCUCAAUAUGUGACUGGAGUCAGAACUCUGCAUUUUGAGAUGGGAUAUUUGUGAAGAAAGGGUGAGUUUCACUAAAAAAAAAAAAAAUAAAGCUGUAAAUUUCUGGGAACUGAUUUUGCAAGGACUUGAGGGUUACCAUAUAUGACAGAGAAAGAGAAAUGCUAAUAAAAAAAAUUAAACCUGGAA